UUGCCAUCUUGAUGAAAAUAGUAUCGGAACUCGCACAUCCUACAUUUACGUUUAAUAUUUAUGAAUACAGGAAAAAGACUGGUGUGGCACGUGUCCUGAUGCCAUGGACCCGAUGAAGCUGACCACCACGGUCACAUGCCAGACCAACUCGUGUCCUCUGGUGACCACAACGUACUCGACAGAUGGCAUCCUUCAGACGUCGCCGCUUAACACAGUCAACAUUCCACAGAACUUCUGUUUUCCAAACAUUCAGACAUCCAUGGCAACAGGGUUUGCAUCAAACCAACAGCAGCUUCCUGGGACCCCAUCCCCAUUGACGCCCUCCCUGAAUAUGACGCUGGGUUUCCCCAUGAACAUGGCACAAGGCGGUGUCGGCCACCCAUUCGUCCAGCCGAUAUCCAUGGGUCAGAUAUGCUCUUCAGGCUUGGGCAUUCCGCUGAACCAGGCCAUCUUUGCCGUUUCUAACCUCGGCCAAGGACAGUUCAUGUCGAGCCCUUACAACCAGUUUCAGCCAAUCUUUGUAGGGGGACAGCAACCUCUUCUCUCCAACGCUUUUAUGGGUGCUCCCCAGAAUGGUAACAUGACAAACCUGGCCGCUCUUGGCAUCCCACAGAACAAUUUUGCUCUCAGUACCAUGGCCGUUGACGGAAUGCCGAAGGAGGCCAGUUCUGAGAAUGUCGUGGAGUCGAGUACGGACUCUGAUGGAGGUCUGUUGUCCGACAGUGCCAAGCAGGAACUCAACGAGCUGUCAGACAUGGACUCCAUCCUAAACAUGGCAAGCAUUGCCGAUAACGUCAGCAUUGAGACACCUUCCAAUGAAAGUGAAAAUGAUGUAAAUAAAACCGAAACUGAAUCAGUGACAGUCGGAAGUAUUGGUGCAGAUAAUAACAAACCAACUGAUCCACAGAAAAAUUUAGUGUGUGAAGAUAACCAGCAGGAAGGUUUGAAAUCUGGAGUGUAUUCCCAAGACCUGUUAUCGGUAAAGGUAGACAACUCUGUAACUGAGCCUAUUUUGGAUGAACCAGAGACUGAACCAGAGAAUGUAAAAAAGACUGAUGACCUAAAAAUGGACGUUGAAAUGAAGGAAGUCUGUCCUAGUAUUGGUAAUGCUGGUGAAGUUAGUUCCACUGACUUGUUAAAGCACGAUGAAAUAAAAACUGAACAAACCGAGUUGGAUAGCACCAGAUUUAGUCAAAUCGAUCUUGCAGACUACAAUGAAGAUGGUAUUCGUGUGGAGUAUGAUCAGGCAGAGUUUAAUUGGGAGAAUUAUCUACAGGAGACUGGAGCAAGUGCUGUCCCCCCAACAGCAUUCAAACAUGUAAGUACAGGCUGGAGCAAGUGCUGUCCCCCCUACAGCAUUCAAACAUGUAAGUACAGUCUGGAGCCAGUGCUGUCCCCCCUGCAGCAUUCAAACAUGUAA